AUGCGAGACCACACCAAGCCUCGCUGCUUUAUCGAGAGCAAGCUCAAUCUUGUCGUCGGGAGCCCGAAACACUUGGCCAUCGUCAUCGAUGGCGACGGCGCCGCCCAGAUUGUCUUCUCCGGCAGAUGGGCGGACGGUAGGGGCUGGCACGGCAGCGGAUAA